AUGCAAAAGACUUCAGUUUCUUCCGCCUUUGAGGUUUCCCCUUUUAGACUGCAGGCCGCUCUCGAGGAAAGGCAAAACGCAAGGCCUUCGCCUGCAUCCUCCCCUUUGCCUCUGUCCUUGGAGGAUGAUGUGGAGCAUCUGCUGGCGUUUUCGCCGCACAGGUUAGACGCCUUUCAACUUGUCGGCGCAUGCGCCGCCUUGAGAGACGAGUCGGCGUUCGUCUUCGCUCACACGUCCGCUGGAAAAAGCCUGGUGGCCUCGCUCGCCACCUUCCUUGCUCUUCGACGUUCUCCGGCCUGCUCGGCCUCUUCGCCAGAACCAUGUGUCCUCUACCUGUCGCCGCUGAAAGCUCUCAGCAAUCAGAAACACCGGGAGUUGGCGCGGUUUCGGGAGUUCGGUCCCGUCGGCCUGUUGACCGGAGACGAGAAGACGAAUCUGGAUGCGCAGCCCCAAAUCGUGGUCGCAACGACCGAAAUCGUCCGCAACCGCCUCCUCAAAUCUGGCGGGGAUGCGCGUUUUUUUCGCCGUUUGCGACUCGUCAUCAUCGACGAAUUCCAUUUCUUCUCGGACGCGAAGCGUGGCACCGUGUGGGAAGAACUUUUGUUGCUUCUCCGGCAACGUGGCGCACCCGGGAACGCCGCUGAUCCGACCUCUCUUUCUUCCUCGCUCCAGUUCGUCUUUCUCUCUGCGUCGCUCGAGCAGCCCCGGAGCUUUGCCUGUUGGUUCACGCUGACCUUUCGCCAGCCACUCCACCUCAUCGGGACAAAACGCCGGCCGGUGCCUCUCAACUUCUUCGCCCUGUUUGCUUCGUCUUCUCCGUCGCGCGAAGAGGCCCCUAAGCUGUGGCCGCUGCUUGCACACUCGAGCAAAAACGCCUCAUCUUCCCUGGUGUCUCAGCACCAGACCGAAGCAGAGAAGGAAGAUGGAGAUUUCAGGAGCGCGGAAGACGGCCAGGAAAACGAGGAAGGGACUGGAGUGUUUGAUAGCUCGGCGUAUUCUCAAGGUGCGGAGACAGCCGCGCGAGGAAAACUUCCGCGAGAGAGACACGAAGAUCAAGCGUCUGUUCCUUUUCCUCAGACCCCUGUCCAUACCGUCGUUCAGGCUUUUCGUGCAUGCAUCGAGAGGAAUCUCCUUCCCGCUCUCGUUUUCUGUUUCUCGCGCAAACAGUGCCUCUCGAUUGCGGAGCACCUACUGCCGCACGUCGGCGCCCUGACCCCGUUGAUUGUGCGGCACCAGCUGGGGUGCAUGUACACCGCAACCGAGGCGGGCGUUUCCGGUUGGCCACGGAAAGCGCUCUCGCGGCGACGACCGCUGUCGUCGGCCUGCGGAGAUGAAGCGGGAGGAGCACUCGAAGUCGUGCACGAGGACGGCGACGAACUGCGCAGAAGGGAAGACGCAGACGCACAGCGCCAGCUUGAGACGCUGAAACCCUAUUUUCUGCGGGGCAUCGGCGUCCACCACGCCGGACUCCUGCCGCCGGUCAAACAGUUGGUAGAGAAAGCGUUUGAACUCGGACUUCUUCGCGUCACGGUCUGCACUGAGACCUUCUCAGUGGGGCUGAACCUCCCCGCCAAGACUGUCAUCUUCUCUUCGCUGUUUAAACCUCUCGACUCGGACUCCUCCGACCGACGCAGGCGACUGGUGCUCUCGUGUGCUCGCCGCGCCUCCCCCUCCUUGUUGAGCCCGUCGUCUCGCACCGCCGCUGCGUCCUCGUCUGCCUGUCUCUCGAGCGAAGAACCCCUCCUUUUAGAAGAUACGUGGUUUAGUGAUUCGCCGUGGGCCGAGGAAGGGAGCCUGGCGGCGCGGUGGAUGCGCGAGAAGCUGCCGAAAGGCGAGAGAGAGAGACAGUGGAGAGGCGAGGAGACAGAGGGCGACGGAGACGCGGGUUGCGCGUGGCGUCUCCUCUCGAGGGCCGAGUUCGAGCAAAUGGCUGGGAGGGCCGGCCGGCGAGGCGUCGACCAGAAAGGGACGGUCAUUCUUCUUCUGCCUUCACCGGCACCGCCUCCGUCGUCUCUUGAAACUCUAUUCUUCUCGCCGUGUUCCUCUUCUCCGUCGUCCGGCUCCCCGCUCAGUGCUUCUCUGGAGAGUCAGCUGAACAUCUCCGUGAACACUCUCCUUCUUCUGCUCAGUCCCAACCACCUUCGAAGGAGCACAAGCGGAGAUGGAGGAGAAGAGGAAGAAGAAGGAGGCGAAGAGGGAGAAGAAGAGGAAGACGAGGAGCAAGACGAAGAGGAAGAAGUGGGGGGACCGAGGCGAGUCAAGGAGAGGACGUCGAGAGCGAGUCGGGGGGAAGCGGGGAAAAAUCUCGAGAGAAGACGGGAGAAAGUCAAGAAUGAAGGAAAACCGUUUUCUUGCGGAAAGACCGUCGACGAUUUGCUUCUCAGAUCUUUCCAUUUUUUCUCACUUGCCACGCACCUGCCGUCGCUUCAGAGCGAGAUUGAGAACCAGCGAGGCGUGCUCAGAGCCCUGCCUCUCGCGGCGUCUCGGGGAUGGAAGCUGGACCGCUGCCUUCGAUCCGCCUUCUCGGGCCCCUUUCUCGCCUACCUGCGACCGGGCUCUGUUGUGCUCCUCGUUGAGACCUCCGGCGCUGGCUGCGCGCCUGCCAGGCGACGCAGGGGCAUCGCUGGGCGGCCAGAGAGAGCGACAACGCAUCAAAGGACGGGCGACCCAGCUGAGGCUCUUGAGAGCGAGGGCGACGCGCAGAGCGAAGAAGACGCCGUUGCGUUGCUGCGAGACACUCCAGCUCGCCUCGCACUCCUUUCGCCAAGUGCGACUUGUCCUGGGGCGUCUUCGACUUCCUCCGGCGCGAGAAGCGGUGGCAGAGCUGUGCUCUCGCCGCUUCCUGCGACUCCAAGAAACUCAAGGCGACGCUGCUGGGGCUGGGGACUGAUUCUCGGCGUCACAGAUCUGAGGAAAGGCCCAACAGGAGAGGGGCGCACGGCCCACGAGAAGAACCUGACGGGUCACGGCGCAGUUCUUCUCGAUUGCCUCGUGGCGUGCGUCUUCAAGCGCCGGCGUGGCCUCGCUUCGAAAAUCCCCUUUGUGCCUCGGCCUUUUCGCCCUCCCCUUCCGCGUACCUCGCACGGCCCGUUCGACUCUCCGGGCGAAGAGGGAUUUUCAGGAAUCAGAGGGGCGGAAAGGGACAAAGAGCAAAGGGAAGACGGGGAGGACGAGAGCGGGAGUCGACACUUGGUGCCCGAGCUGUUGCCGGCGGAACUGAAAAAGAGGGAAGAAGAGGCCGAGAGUUGCCGGUCGUGGGCCAUCGCAGCGGCCGAACAGGCAACGAAGCUUUGGGCCGAGCGCAUGCAGGGUGACCGGAGGAAGAAGAGAAGGAAAGAGAAAAAGGGCGAAGAAGAUCCCGCAGAGAAAGGCGACGUCGAGCAGGUCGAGGUGGCGGUCCUUCCGUUCUCAACAGAGUGCGUCCAUGCACUCUCGCAGAUCCAGAUCAACCUCCAGAGCGGACCUCCACUGGAUCUCCGCAGAGACGAAGACCGCGUAGCGCUCUUUGUCUCCAUGGCGGAGGCUCUAAGAACUGCGUCGUCCUCUUCCCCGUCCGCGAUUUAUCGUCCUGGCUCUGCCGCGUUUGCGCCUCGAGGGGCCCUUGCGGGUGUUGGCGAAGAAGAGAGCGAAGAGGAGACGAGCGACGUCAGAGGCAACGUGAAGAGAGAUCGACGAAGGAAGAAGGAAAGAGAGAGCACAGAGAGAGAGGGAGACAAGUGCUCCUGUGGGGUUAUCGGCCUCCACGCAGGAGACACAGACGUCCCCUUAGUUCCUCUGUUGGAAACCGCGAAAACAGACACGCGUUUGAAUCUUCUUCACCGGAAAUUACGGGACGUGAGUGAAAAGCUACAAACCUCGACGCAGGCAGCAUUCCGAAACCAGAAGCCGCAGGGAACCCACGUCGCGAACUUUUGCAAAUUCGUCGUCCUCUCCGCCUUUGUCCUUCCGCGCCUGGAGCGGUUGGCGGCGCAGGCGCCGACGGCCGAGUUUCGGCGCGUGCGGAAACUGGAGGAAGCGCUUCUGUCUCUUCGCUUUCUUCGAGUUGAAACAAACAGUGAGGGGGCCCAGGAUGACCCUACGGAGACAAAAAGAUAUUUUUCACGUCCACCUUCUUCUUCUUCUUCUUCGUUCGUGACGAGUCGCAAGGGCCUGCUCGCAGGGAAUUUGUUUUUUUUUGAGGAGCGCGCCUUGGUGAUGUCGGAGAUUCUCGACUGCAUGCACCGGCGCCUCUCGGCUCGCCUUGGCAGCGCGGAGAGGGGCGAGCGUUUUUCUCUCGCUCGCGCGCCAGCGCCAUCUCCCCGUGUCGCCUCGCCCUCCUCGUCCUCUUCCUCCUCUUCCUCCUCUUCCUCCUCUUCCUCCUCCUCGUCCUCUUCGACCUCCUCGUCAUCUUCGUCGAAUGGUCGGACCCCCACUGAGUUGCCUGGCGAGAGGCGAAGACGAGGAGAGCAAGAGGAGCAAAGACGGGCCAGGCGACUGGAAGAUCCGGGGCCGGAGUGCCCAGUCGGGUUCCUCGAAGAAACAGAGAGAAGCACGCAAGGCGACGACUGCGUUCUUCAGGAGACAGUUGCUUUGAGAGACAUCUCCUUUCUGCCUGCUUGCGUGGACGAACCCGUCCUCCUGGCCGUCGUUGCGGGGCUCUGUGGGGACGGCCGCGACCGCAUUUCUAGAGAGAGAGAAUCGAGAGAAGAGGCGGCGCGUAAGGCGUGCGGCGAAUUGCGGGGAGCGGCCGAGAAGAGGACGGCGCUCGUCGGGAAGCACGUGGAAAGCCAGGAACAGACGCUCGCGGAGGCGCACGAUAUGGACGUGGCCUUGCGGAUCAUUCAGAAUGCAUCUGUGCCGAUUGCAACUGCGCUUCGGAGAUACCGCGCCGGCGAGGCUGUCGCUGAGAAGGUUACCUACGUCGACAGACAGGCAAUGCGGGAGGUGUAUCGCUGGACGACGCGUGUACAAGCUGGGGAACAGGAGACAGGCGGCCUAGACGCGUCCGAGCAACCUAUCUCGUGCACGCUUCGGCGAAUCGCCUCUGCGCUCGGCGAAACUGAGUCGGCGCUUCUGGCGGCUUACGGGCUCGACCCCGCAGCGGAAGUCCUCCGUCAGCUCCUCAGAAAUAUGCUUCUUCUUCUGGGGCGGAGAGAGACAAAACCAUACACUAUACGAAACUAA